AUGUCCAAACCAGGCCCAUCUCAGUCCUCCCUUCUAGACCUCAAAGCCCUCACAGCGGAAAAUGCAGACCGCCUAGCCAAGGAAGGGAAACGGUACACAAAGGGCGCACCGCGACCACCAACUACUUCCUCCCAGGUCGCGUCCAAGGACCCGUUCAACCGGCCCUCGCCGGGCCUCGUCAAGCGUCUCGCGCAGCAAGCAAGGUCCGAUGCGAAGAGACGAGUGUUUUCCGAUACCGAUGGAGUAGAUGAAGACACGCGGAGGGCGAUCAUGGAGCAAAAGGCCAGGAGGUAUGAGCAGUUGGCCAAGGGAGAUUUCUCGGGCAUGAGCGAGAGGGAGAUGGCCGAGGCUGCAAUCGAUUUUGAGGCCAAAGCCGCUGGGGACUGGAGUGAUCAUUCGUCCGAUGUCAACGAGAGUGCCGCCCCGGGAAGGCGAUGGGACGACGGGGACCGCGACGCACCCGACUUUGAUACAUUCAACGACCGCGAGAUUGUCGAGUACGUCGACGAGCUCGGCAGGACGAGGACGGGUACGCGAAAGGAGGCAAGAGAGGCUGAGCGUGCGGCUGGCCGAGGUCGUUCUCGUGACGACGAGGAGAGGAGGGACACUGGCAGCUCGUAUACGCAGGUCAUGGAAUCCCGGUUUAUUCAUGGCGACCAAGGCUACUUCCCUGUCUACCAGCCCGACCCCGAGGAGCUGAAACGCAAGUAUCUCGAAUCCGAACGCGAGGCGCGCGCACAUCACUACGACUCGACCAAAGAAGUUCGUAUUCGUGGCGCCGGCGCAUAUCAGUUUAGUCUCGACGACGAGCAGCGCGCCGCGCAAAUGCGUAGUUUGGACGCCACGCGCGCCGAGACGGAUGCGGCGAGGGCGAAGCGAUCGGGCGGAGCAACGAGUUCCGCGCAAGAAGCCAAAAAACGCAAGAUGGCCGAAAGAGCUGCGCUGGUCGAGGCCAAGCGAAACAAGUUGCUCGGUGGAGCUGGGAAUGUGGCUAGGAUGAGGGAGGAGAAGCGGGCUAGAGAGGCAGACAAUUUGUUGGCCGAGUUGGAAGGGGAGAUUGACAACAGUAAGAAGGACAAAGUAUAG